AUGCCAUAUAUGCCUGAUAAUGUGUCGAUAAUUUCAUUACUGUCAGACUCUUCUGAUGACGAAGACCCAGAUAUCAUGACAGUGAUAUCAGGUAAGAAAUCGGAUAGAAUGGCAACAUACAAAUCAGCACGAAGAUCACUGCGAUUAAACUAUAUUAAUAACAACAACACAAUAACGAAAAACACAUAUUCCCAGAAACCAUUUGAUUCAAAAAAACCAUUUGAUAUUAAAAUACCAUCAGUGUUUAAAUAUGAAGCAAAUAAAAUACACAAGAUAAAUACUAGAAAUGAAAAUAUUAAACAAGAAAUCAACAAAGAAGAACAAGAAUUGAAAGAAAAAUACGAAAAAUUACAACAGAUCAAAGCAAGAUUAGUGAUGGAAUUAAAUGAUAAUGGAUCAGAUGGGCUUCUCAAAUAUGAUGCCAAUGAGAAUUCGCUGUAUAUUGAUAGUCUUAUAAGACAGGAAAUCAAUGAUAUGGAUAAAGUUAGGAGGAAUUUCUAUUUUUUAAAAAAUGUGGAAGAAAUGAUAUUUGAUUUUGGUGGAAACUUUGAUUAUAUCCCCCAAUCGUUAUUAUUUUUGAUUGCUAGAGACCCUAUAACAGCUUAUAAUACCAGUACAAUUAUAAAAUCCGAUUUAAGAAAAUUUAUUAUGAGAGCAUUGAGUACUGUGUUAAAUCCACAGCAUUUAAUAUCGAUAAUUGAGAUGAUUAAAAAUAUCGAGCAGAAUGUGUUUACAUUUGACGAAUUAGUUGACUUUACGAAUAAAUUUGGAGGAGAAACCAAAUUAUUUCACGAAAAUAAAAUGCCAUUGAAGAUCAAUAUGUUUAAUAAUCAUUUACGAAUGCAAUUAUUGAGACUAACAUUACUAUUCAAUGGCUAUUUGAUUGGAGAUAAUGAGGAACAGAAUCUAGCAGGCUUUUUGAAAUUGUUUUUCUACGUUGUGUCGGAUUACAAUGCCAACAAAAGGGAAUAUACUACAUUAGAAUACUUCACAGUGAGUAUUUUCACUCAAUUAGUCAGGAAAUAUCACAAGCCCGAUAAUAAUGAAUUUGUUUUACUAUUAUUCAAAUACAUAUCGGGGAUUGAAACAUCUAACUAUGGAAAUGCUCAAGAAACCGAUACUACGAAGAGUCUCGAGCUUUGUUUCAAUUUUGUGAGGUUGUUGAAUGUCGCCUUUACUCGUAACAAUGAUACUAACAUUACUGAUAUCAUCUACAAAUUGAAUAUUAUGCUGAUCUCGAACGCAAGUUCCCUUGAUCAAUCUAUACCUGAACUAGUGAAUGAUCUUGUUUCAUACAUCAAAUUAACAGAUAUUGAUUUGAAAUUCUGUUACAAAAUCAAAGCAUUAAUUUUUAUACUUAAUGGGAAUUAUAUGGUGAAUCAAUCUCGAGAUACACUUAACCAAAUCAAGGAAGAUAUUAUGGAAUUGAAAAAAAUAUUUUAUUCAUCCAUGAAAAAAUUAACAACUGCAACUGAAAAUCUUGAUUUAGUGAUGAUGGUUCAAGAUGCUUUUCAUCAAUUAGAGUAUUUGAAUAAUAUGAUAGAAAGUUUUCAACACGAGGAUUUAUUUUAUAAUGAUAUAUAG